CGAUGCCCAGCUAGUCGAACAGCUCUACUGUUUAAAAAGGAGUUUGCCGCUAGAUGGCAGCGUGGAUUCGAGAAACGUUAAACGAGUUAUUGUGUGACCACAGAAGAAAACAACAUGUCUGCGCACGGAGAAACGUGCACACAAUUUGAAAAUGAACCCGCAUGUAGUGAUUUCGGCUAUAUUAAUAGGUUCCCGGAAGGAACGCCUACCCUAUCGAAAAGAGCAAUGAAGAAAGCAAAGAAGUCCAAAUCUGCGAAAACUUCCCUGAAUAACCCAUACCGCGUUCGCUGGAGACCGCUGGAUAGUAGACAUAGGAACAUCAUAUUGAAUACGCUUACAAACAAACUAUCCGCCGUAGGGCUUAAGAAAAGACAAGUCGAUAGGUUUAUGAAAUGGAUAAGCGGACGGAGCGCGAGAAAAAAUGCACAGAAACCAGAUCACGUGCCCGCGGAGACCGAGCAGAGUCCCACGCAGCCCAAAGAGCCGUGCUGGAGCGACCCGGCCGCGAGGAAGCAGCUGGCCAUCGGCAUCAACGAGGUCACCAAAGGCCUGGAGAGGAACGAGCUGAGUUUGGUGCUCGUGUGUAGUUCGGUUAAGCCGGCACACAUGACGUGCCAUUUAAUCCCGCUGAGUAUAACCAGGUCGGUGCCCGCCUGCCAGGUGCCCGGUCUGAGCAAGGCCCUCGCGGGGCUGCUGGGUCUCAAGUGCGUGCUGGCGCUGGGGUUCAGGCGCGGCUCCGAGGUGUUCGGGGAUGUGGUCGACGAGAUCACGCCCCUGCUCCCGCCGCUCAACGUGGCCUGGAUCCCGACGGAUUCCACAGAGGAAGCCGGGGAGAAGCAGGGGGAUGCGGUGAAAGGACAGAAGAGGAAAUUAGAAGAAAUGUUGAACGAAGACAGUGACGCUUCACCUUUAAUCCUCCAGCCUCUAAAAGUGAAGAAAACCAUCCCAAAUCCCACGAAAAUCCGAAAACCGGUAAAGAAAAAGUGCUUAUCGAGUGUUUAACCUGCGUUCUAUAAAUGUAGGUUACCAUGUAGUAUUUGGACACAUGUGAAUUGUUUAGUAUAUUUAUUUAGUUUACUUAGGCUUAUUUGAUUUGGUUAUGGAGAGGAAAUACAGAGAUGCAUUCAGUUUUAUAUUUUGGAUGCUUUUAUUCAGUCAAAUAUCCAUGCUGGUAUACCUUGAUGUAUAUUUUUGACAAUUAGAUAUUUGGGUGGACUGUCAUGUUUUGACAUGGUGCUGGUACUUGUUCCCGUCAGUUCCAACCUGCAAUGGAGUUCAAUAAAAAUACUGUCUUCAGAAAGAGAAAGCUGAUCGUUUAAAACUACACAAUUUGACAUUUAAAAAACAACCUCUCUGAAAUAAGGCAAGUACUUCGGGUGUUCUCACCGUAACCCACAAGUUCUUAAACCAUACAGAUUGGGGGAAAAAAAAGUUUUCAUGCUCAUUUCAUACAGCAAGCCUUAGAAAAAACAUACGCAAACUGACAUUCGCAAAAGUGCCCUGGACAUUAUUGAAUGAAACCACCGGUUGAAAUGUGGAACUUCGAGAGGAGUACCUUUCUUUUUAAGCAUGUCUGGACGUGCGCUUAUUUAAAAGCAUAUUGUAGAUUCAGAUACAUUAAAGCAAACCAUGACACGAUAAGCUGUAUCAACAUAAAAUCAGCUUCUGCUAUAUAAUAACGUUGUUCACAUUUCGCCUUACCAGUGAUUGUAACUGAACAGCGAGCAAGCUCUCCUGACCGCAUCACCAAAAGCAUUGGGAGAAAUGCUUAUAUCAAAAAGGACAACGCGAACACAAUUGUUUAACUCUCCUUGUGCUUAAGUCUAGCAAAAUUACCAGGGCCUGAUCGCAAAUGCACCAUUUGAAUGAGGUUAUGGUUUGACCGCAAAGAACACUGACAGAAGAAAGAAAACCGAGAACGAAAUGGAACAUGUAACUUAAAUACAAUUCUAAAUAUCAGAAUUGCUUUACUAAAAUUAUAAUAAUUUAAAAACACUAAAUGGUAAAGAACAGAAAUGGGUGGG